GGCGGCUCCUGCCUCAGGCGUGGGGGCGGCUCUGGCACGUGUCCGGGGGUGAAAGGCGAGGUGGUACAAGAUGGUUUAAAAGUCCCCUUAGGAGUUGGACAAGAUCCCCAUGUUUAUGAAGCAGUGUCCUGCGGAAAUAGACCCCGAGCAGACCCCGGAGCUGGCGUGUCUUCAGUCCAUCAUUUUCGACGAGGAGCAGGCGCCUGAAGAGCAAGCAAAGAUGUAUAAGAACGAGGGGAAUGAUUACUUCAAGGAAAAAAAUUACAAGAAAGCUGUGAUCUCAUAUACAGAAGGGCUGAAAAAGAAAUGUGGUGACCAUGAGUUGAAUGCCGUGCUUUAUACUAAUCGAGCUGCAGCACAGUUUUAUUUGGGCAACUACCGAUCCGCUCUCAAUGAUGUGAUCCAAGCCAGAAAGCUAAAACCCAACCACCUCAAAGCAGUCACAAGAGGAGCUUUAUGUCAUUUGGAGCUAAAGAAUUUCCCCGAAGCAGUGGCAUGGUGUGACGAGGGUCUGAGGAUAGACUCGACAGAGAAAAAGCUUUUGGAAACAAGAACCAAAGCUGAUAGAUUUCAGCGAGCUGAACAGAGGGAUGCAAGGAAAGCCAAGGUGAAGGAGAAGAAGGAGCAAUCUCAAAAGGAGGCAUUGCUCACAGCUAUAAAGGAAAGGAAUAUCAAGCUGUCUCUGGAGUCCCCAAAGGAGGAGGAUGAGAUGUCAGAGGAUCUUGCUGAGAUGUCCAUAGAUGGAUUCAGUUCUGAUAAUGCAACAGGUGCAAAAGUCUGUCUAGAUGAGGAUGGUAACCUAAACUGGCCUGUCCUAUUCCUGUAUCCUGAGUAUGGACAAACGGACUUCAUUUCCGCUUUCCAGGAAAACACCAGAUUUAUUGAUCAUUUGAUGGUAAUGUUUGCUGAGUUACCACCCUGGGAUAUGGAAAGAAAAUAUCAGUCCAGCAACCUGCAGCUUUAUUUUGAAGAUGAAGAGAGAGAGGAAAUAUAUGAGCUGCACACAGACCACACGCUGCUGCAAGUGCUGCAACACCCCAGGUACUUUUUAAAGGCUGGGACUCCUACCUUCUUGGUUUUAGUUAAGAAUUCUCCUUUCUCCAAGAAAUACUUCUUUGGCAAGAAGGUACAUACGCUAAAAUGAACGAGCAAAAGCAUUCAAGAGCAACAAGAGACUGGAGGAAAGCCAAGCUCCAGACAGUUCUUCCCACCCACAGAUACGGACUAUCGGUCUCCUGCUGGUACAUUUUAAUAUUUCCUUCUGCCUAAAUCAUGUAAUCUAAACUAGCGGCCCUUGAUCCUACAAUCCCUGUGAAUGCAGAACUCUGGAAGCAAAUCAGUAAAUUCUGAGUAGACAACGAUUACACGACUGGGCCUAAGGUUGGAUUAUACGUGUGUGUAUGGGCAGGAGAGGGAAUAGGGCUUGGUUUAAUUUUAUUUUUUUAAAUCUCAAGUAAGCUAAAAUACAGUGCAAGGUGCAUCCUCUUUUUAAAUGAGCUUUGAAUUAUUUCUGAGUAUUAGUUGUGCACAAGUGCCAUACUGUUACUUUGCAUGAGGCAGUGUCAGGUUUGAGGUUACCUGCACUGUGAAGAAUACUACUGCUAACUUCCUCCUCCAACGUGAGCUGCGAUGGUAGCUGGUUUGGGUUCCAGUGGAUGUGGUGUGUUCUUUGCAGCACUCCUGCUGCUACUGGUCAAUGGACUCAAACUGAUACAUGGAGAACAGCCGCUCGCUUUGUCACCAAGGAUUAAAGAACAGCAGCGGUUCAUUCACAAGCAUGCUUGUGCAGCUGAACAAAGGAACAGAGCUCGUUGUUAAGAGCUAUUCAGUU